GGUCUUUAUAACAGUGCUGUCCAUAGUUAAGGUUCCCUUACGCACUUUCGUUCUUUUCUAGACGUUGGCAUCAUCGGAAAAAAAAAAUUUAGAAAGUGAUUACAAUUAAUGCCUUAGUUCUUUUCUACAUCGUUUUUUAAAAUAGCAUAUACAUAAAAGUGUGAGAUUCUCGAUUUAUUCACAAGCAAAGCUUGGGUUGUGAAAAUGGAAAAGGAGUGGGGGAAUGCUGAAAUAUUGACGUAAAUGGGGACAAACCGUGUGGCGGACCCCACUCGUGAAUAGCACUGUGAUAGAUGACGUAGGAUGAGUGACUAAAACGUCUGAAAACAUCGUUUUCAAGAUGUAUUUCGAGAGCCAAAAUGAAAUGUAAUGAACUGUUAAAGGAGUACAUGCCGCUGAAGAAUUUGCGAGAAUUGACUGCUAUUCGUAGCCCUCUGGCAGCAGCGUCACUGAACGUCGUUAUAAGGUUUGAGAUAUAAGAUUUAAGUUAGUCAGUAAACGGGUGACCAUAUAAUAGAUCUUGCUAUUAUUUAAUUGAAAAUGAAUGAAAUCACAAAUGUGAAGGAUAAUGAAGAUAAAAUUCGAUCGGUUUUUGAAAUGCUUAAAAAACAAAUAGAUCAGUAUGAUAUUGCAAAUGAGGACAUAAAAUCGAAAGAAGAAUUAACAAGAAGCGAAAGGAUUCAAAAGUUAGUAAUGCAAGAGAAACAUUUGUCAACAGAGUUCGCACAAAUCAGAAAAGAAAUAAAACGUUAUGAGAGGAAAUAUGAAAAGGUAUUGAAAAAAAAAGUGAAAUUAAUGAAAAUGCAGAUUAAAGAAGACCAAGAUAAAUUAAAGAUAAUAAAACAAAAAUACCAUGAAUUGGAUACACAAAUUGAUAUUACUCCUUACAAAAUGGAGAAAACAAAAAAAGCAAAACCAAAAAAAAGAAGCAAACCAAUAAAAGUUAAAACAAUGAAACCUAAAUUCAAACAAAAGAAUGUACCACUUAUUAAAAAAAUCCAAAUUAAUAUUAAAAGAAACGAGAAAUUAGGUAAACGUGAAAUGCAUUUCGUUAAUAAUACUAAUAGACCAAAUUCGUUUACUGAUCUAAUAAAUAUCGUAAAACCAAUAACUAUGAAUACUCGAGAAUGUAAAAUUAUGCUGCAAAGACUGACAGAAGAACAAAUGAAUAAAUAUGUUAGUCAGAAGAGGUUAAGUCAACAGAUCGAACAAAAACGAACAGUGCUAGAUACACCACAAAAAAUUAAAGAAAAUGGAACAAGUACGGUUUAUCCAAAUUGGCAUAUAAAAAUUCCGAAAUCUAUAUUUGAAGAAAGUCAGAAAGAAAGUGAUAAUUCUGACAAGAAUAUAGCUUGUAGCUCAAGAAAUGUUAUCUAAGAAGACCGACACGCUUGAGUAUUAUUAAUACGUCUG